AUGAGCGCAGCGCUGCUCCGGGGUCGUCCGGGCGGCCCCGCGCUACGGUCAAUUGCCUCCCUGUCGACGAGAUUGGAGUCAAACGCCUUUCUGAUUGCGAGGUCUCCUACUUCGCGCGCUUUGCACAGCAAAAACCGACCGCUGCAACGGCGACCCUUCGGCCCUACCCUCAAUGCAUCUAUCCCGAUCCGGUUCAAGUCCGACGUCGCCGCGGCCGCAGAGGCAGCGACGGCAGGUCGAUCUAGAGCCCUGACUAUUCUGUACAGGAUAUUUGCCUCAUGUGGCUUUUUCGUCGUCGGUACCGGUCUUGUUGUCGUUGCUUUCUUUGCCUACGAUGCUAGUACCUACCGGGAAGGCCGCACGUCAGAAGAUAUCCCUGUUUCCGAGUUGGCAUUGAUUCCGCGUCGAGGUGGGCCGAAGAACCUGCCUAUUGCAGAUGUCCUCGUUAGCGAUUAUGACUCGCAGGCAAUGCUCGAUCAGAAGGAUAAACCGCGUUUGGUCAUUCUGGGUACCGGUUGGGGUAGUGUUGCGCUUUUGAAGAACCUCAACCCGGGUGAUUACCACGUUACUGUCGUUUCGCCGACCAAUUACUUCUUGUUUACGCCUAUGUUGCCUUCUGCUACUGUCGGUACACUAGGUCUGAAGUCUUUGGUUGAGCCUAUUCGUCGGAUUAUUGAGCGUGUUCAUGGUCAUUUCUUGAAGGCUUCGGCUAUGGAUGUUGACUUUUCGGAGAAGCUUGUUGAGGUUUCCCAAGUGGAUAAUGAUGGUGUUCGGAAGAAUUUCUACCUCCCUUAUGAUAAGCUUGUUGUGGGUGUUGGCUGCAUCACCAACCCGCACGGUGUCAAGGGCCUUGAGAACUGCAAUUUCCUGAAGACGAUUGACGACGCCCGCCAGAUCAAGAACAAGGUUUUGGAUAACAUGGAACUCGCCUGUCUUCCCACUACCACUGAUGAGGAGCGUAGACGUUUGCUGUCGUUCGUCGUUUGUGGUGGUGGCCCAACGGGUGUUGAAUUCGCUGCUGAGUUGUUCGAUCUGCUCAACGAGGACCUUCUGUAUUCAUUCCCCAAAAUUGUUCGGAAUGAGAUCUCCGUCCACAUCAUUCAAAGCCGAACUCACAUCCUGAACACCUACGAUGAAGCCCUCUCCCAAUAUGCCGAGGGUCGCUUCACUCGUGAUGGUGUCGAGGUCUUGACAAAUGCUCGUGUGAAGGAAGUCAAGAAGGACCGCGUUCUCUUCAGCCAGGUGGAAGACGGCAAAGAGGUUGUUAAGGAGGUUCCUACAGCAUUCUGCCUCUGGUCCACAGGAGUUGCACGCGCCGAGAUCUGCGAUACGCUCUGUGAAAAACUAGAAGGACAACAAAAUAAGCACGCAAUAGAAACAGACUCCCAUCUCCGCGUAAUCGGCUCACCCCUGGGUGACGUCUACGCCAUCGGUGACUGCUCGACAGUGCAAAACAACGUCGCUGGAAACAUCAUCAAAUUCCUCCGCACCAUCGCUUGGGAGAAGGGCAAAGACCCUGAAAAGGUGCAUCUGACCUUCUCUGAAUGGCGCGACGUUGCCAACCGCGUGAAGAAGCGCUUCCCUCAAGCAUCUAACCAUCUUCGCCGCCUUGAUCGCCUAUUCAUGCAGUACGACAAGGACCACUCUGGCACUCUCGACUACGGCGAACUGUCCGAGCUCCUCCACCAGAUCGAUACCAAGCUCACCUCGCUUCCUGCCACUGCCCAGCGCGCUAACCAGCAGGGUCAGUACCUAGGCCACAAGCUGACCAAGAUCGCGGCUGCUUUGCCCGGUUAUAAGGCCAACGAGAUCGACUACGGUGACCUCGACGAGACUGUUUAUAAGGCCUUCAAGUACAAGCACCUCGGUAGCUUGGCGUACAUUAGCAACGCUGCUAUCUUCGACUUUGGCGGCAUGAGCUUCAGCGGUGGUAUUAUUGCUAUGUAUCUCUGGCGCAGUAUUUACUUUACAGAGAGUGUUAGCUUCCGCACUCGGUGUAUGCUGGCCAUGGAUUGGGCUAAGCGUGCCCUCUUCGGAAGAGAUCUGAUGAGCUUCUAA